AUGCGCGCGCCAAGAUUAUCGUUCUCAGAGGAAUUCAGAGAUGUAUGGGAUAAGGAGAACAAAGACCCCGACACAUUAGAGUUUUCUUCAAAAACCAUUGCUGGCUCCUGUGAAAAGAAAGAAGGCGAAAAUAAAAGCACUUCUUCAAAAGUAGACAUAGCUCCAAAAGUAGAGCUUCUUUGGCUAAACGAAUUAUUAGGAUGUAUAUUAUAAAUAAAGACUAGA